AGGUGGAGGCAGCGGGUGGGGGCCUGGCGGAGUGGAGGGGUAACAAGAUGGCGACUGAGACGGUGGAGCUUCAUAAGCUGAAGAGCACUUCUUAACCUUUUGGAGGUCACAGAUAUCUUUGAAACUCUGAUGAAAGGUUCAUUCUGUAAAUUAAGGAAAAGCUUUAUUCUUUUUUCUCAGCUUGCUGAACUAAAGCAGGAGUGUCUCGCUCGUGGUUUGGAGACCAAGGGAAUAAAACAAGAUCUCAUCAACAGGCUCCAGGCAUAUCUUGAAGAGCAUGCUGAAGAGGAGGCAAAUGAAGAAGAUGUACUGGGAGAUGAAACAGAGGAAGAAGAACCAAAGCCCUUAGAACUGCCUGUCAAAGAGGAAGAACCUCCUGAAAAAACUGUGGAUGUGGCAGCAGAGAAAAAAGUGGUAAAAAUUACAUCUGAAAUACCACAGACUGAGAGGAUGCAGAAGAGAGCUGAACGAUUCAAUGUACCUGUGAGUUUGGAGAGUAAGAAAGCUGCCCGGGCAGCUAGAUUUGGGAUUUCUCCAGUUCCAUCAAAAGGUCUGUCGUCUGACACCAAGCCUAUGGUUAACCUGGAUAAGCUAAAAGAAAGAGCUCAAAGGUUUGGUUUGAAUGUCUCUUCAAUCUCCAGAAAGUCGGAGGAUGACGAAAAGCUGAAAAAGAGGAAGGAGCGAUUUGGGAUUGUCACAAGUUCAGUUGGAACAGGAACCACAGAGGAUACAGAGGCAAAGAAGAGGAAAAGAGCAGAGCGCUUUGGAAUUGCCUGAUGAAAAGCUUGUGAUGCUUCCUGUUCUCCAGUGUUGCCACCUCGUUGACUCUCCCUGGUCCCCUGUAUACCUAAGUGCACAGUCACGUGCCUAGGUCCUGCCUUGCAGUGAGGGAGCAUGUACCCCAGGUACAUCUGUGAACUCCAGCAGCAGUUUGACUUAUUGCAGUUCCAACUUUAAGGUUUUUGUUGUUGUGUUGUUGUUUUUUAAUUAUUAUUUUGCUUGUUAAUAAAAAAAAAUAGAAAAAAGAA